GGUCACACAUCGUGUCCUGCCCGUGACGCUCCAUGGGUGACAGGAAAAGCAGCCUGACUCGCGGUGUGGUCCUCAUCCGGCAGCCUCCUGCAGCAUGGACAGCGAUGAUGAAAACGUAGAAGAGUCCGUGGAAGGUCCCUUGGAUGAAGAUGGUCAGCCACAUGGGUUCUGCACAGUAACCUACUCAUCCAGUGAUCGAUUUGAAGGACACUUCAGCCACGGAGAGAAGAAUGGCAAGGGCAAGUUCUUCUUCUUUGAUGGAAGCACCCUGGAGGGUUUCUAUGUGGACGAUGCUCUGCAGGGCCAGGGGAUGUAUACAUAUGAAGACGGCGGCGUCCUUCACGGGACGUAUGUGGACGGAGAACUUAACGGACCUGCUCAGGAGUUUGAUGGAGAGGGCCGCCUGGUGUUCAAGGGCCAGUACAAAGACAACAGCCGAUGUGGGGAAUGCUGGGUUUACCACCCUGAUGGAGGCUGUGUGUUUGGGGAAGUGAAUGAGGAUGGGGAGAUGACUGGUGAAUCUGUAGCGUACAUCUACCCCGACGGACGGACUGCUCUCUACGGAAGCUUUGUGGACGGGGAGCUAAUCAAGGCUCGCCUUGCCACCGUGUCUUCCAGCGAGAGUGGAAGGCCGCACUUUGAAGUCACACCCAACAGUCCUGUGUACUCGUACGACAAGUCAACAUCCACCUGUAUCGCCACCCACACGCUGCUUCCUGACCCUUACGAGAGCCAAAGAGCGUUUGUGGCGGACUCCAUGAUCAGAGGAGCAGGACAGGGCCUGUUUGCCAAGACAGAUGCUGAAAGUAACACUGUGAUGGCUUUUUACAACGGAGUACGCAUCACGCACACCGAGGUGGACAGCAGAGACUGGGCACUGAAUGGGAACACAAUCUCAUUGGAUGAGGAGACAGUGAUCGACGUCCCUCAGCCUUUUGACCAGAUGGAGAAAUACUGUGCCUCUCUGGGUCACAAGGCAAACCACUCCUUCACCCCCAACUGCAAAUAUGACCCGUUUGUCCACCCGCGUUUUGGGCCUAUCAAGUGCAUCCGAACCUUGAGGGCUGUGCAGAAAGACGAGGAGCUAAUGGUUGCUUAUGGUUAUGAUCAUGAGCCAGUGGGAAAGAACGGCCCUGAGGCCCCUGAUUGGUACAAGCAGGAGCUGGAGGAGUUCCAGCAGAAACAGACGGCUUCCACUGGCCAAUAAGAAUACAGAUUAAUUCCUCUGGACAGUUAAAAAAAAUCCAAAACCUUCUACCUGUGCUGCCAACUUACAAGACUCCUGCAGCAUUAUGACACCUGAUAUCCCCUGCAGCUGCAGACCACAUGGUGGAUGUUUGAAAUUCAAAUGGGAUAAAGCUUGAGCAGUUCAGUAUGAAUGAAGGUCUUGGAGAUCCAAGGCCUCAGAAGGGCAAAUACUAUGCAAAAAAACCAAAUGUUAUUGGAGGAGACAUGUCUCUGGCUUGAGGUGUUGUUCUGCUGUUCUUCAGCAUUUCUUCUUCAUUAGUGUUCGAGGCAGGUGGGUUUUUCAAUGGCUGAUGGCAAUGUCUUUCUUUUUUGCAUCUGAUGAAAUACAAUAGAUUAAUAACAGCAAAUGACACACAGAGUUGCUGAACUUAAAUUAACAUUUAUUUAACCCUGAUGUCUGUGUUGUUUCUGUUUGUUUAAGCAGACAUGCACUCUGGCAGAAGAGUACAUAUUUUUGGCUCAGUAGAAUACUGCCUUUUAAGAUGAGAUUUCUGUCCCGACAUCUAAAUAGUAACAUAUAAAAAAUACUACAUCAGUAUUUGGCAUCAAAAACAAAACAAAAAAAAAAACAAAAGUCAUUCUAUGCACAUUACAAUCUAAUAUAUGUGGUUAUUUUAGCCAGUAACAUGAUGUUUUAGAUUCAAUUUUUCUUAAUUAAUGGAAGGAAAACUGCAUUAUUCUAUACAUUAUAACAUAUUUAAUACAAGCCAUAUUGAUGGUCUUAGAUUUGCUGUCAUUUAAGCUGGAAGAAAUGUGCUAACAUUUAGAACAGACAAUGGAGACUGAGGAAAUUCGGGCAAAUAUUUGUGGGAAUUAUAGUGUAGGCCUCAAAGCUAAUUUUCUCACCAUCUUCCCAAAACUGUCCUGAAGCAUAUUUUGCGUAUUUCUGUUUGUGGACAGACUUGGUCAUAAGCAAAAUAGCUAAUCUAAGCGAUCGAAUGCAUCAAUAACUUUGUUCACUUGCAUUGCACAGCCUGAUCAGCAGGGACAAUCGCAGAGGAAGAGAAACGUGCACAUAAGCUCAGAUGUGUCUGCAGACAUUUUAGUUUAAAUUGGCCUUGUGAGCAAAGGCAAAAGUCAUGCUGAUUAUCACAAAAUGCCAAAUAUCAGCCUGACUAAUCAGUUUAGCACAGCUCCUUAUCAUACAUUGUUCAUAUGGAUGCCAAGAUGUAUGUGCUUAUGGAGGUUAUAAAUUUAGGAUAUGAUGAGAAGCUAUUGCAUUUUUUCCUUAGUUCUCACUAUUUUCACUUAACUGUGUGUCAGCCAGUUGCUUUAAGCAGUGGUCGUACGGCUUUCUCUGAUGUGUUGAGUUAAAUAACCCUAUCAUACCACAUUUUAUCUGUUAAAACAGUUUUUCACUCAUUAUUUAAAGUAAUUCAUAUGGCCCGAUCCAUAGAUAGAAGUGUAACAUUUUAAGCCUAUUUGUUUACUUUAUGGUAGGCUGUAUGUUACAUUGAUUGUUUAUAAUAUCUGAAUUUGGUGAAGAACUGUAUUUCCUGAGUUUUGUAGGGGUGAUCUGUAUUGGUAACACUGGUAGAAAAUAACAGAUGUUAUUACAUGUUAUUACAUGUAUUACAGGAAAUACUACAUUGACCUGGUUCCACUUUUCUAACCUCAAAUCUGUGCUCAUACCAUACAAAAUAAAGUGCAACAUGAAUUAAAUUCA